GGAACUACUCCUAGAAUCCCCAACCCCCAAAUCAGGACCCCCGAAACAAAACCAACUUCCACUGAACACACAAAAUCCAUCUUUCCCUUCAAUUUCAAAUCCCAGCUCAAAAAUCAAAAGUUCAAAUCCCUUCCUAAUCCGCCACCGCCACCGCCACCGCCACCGCAACCGCAACCGCAACCGCAAUCGCCAUCAUGCCAACCCUUAAACUAAGCAUGGCAGUUUCACUCCUUCACCACAAAAAAUUAGCCCACACAAUCACCACCACCACCUCCACCGCCAACCCCACCCCAUUUCUCACUCCUCACUCUCUCUCUACACCCCUAAACAGCGAUAAAAGUUUGCGCGCGUUAACACCCUGCGCACACCUCCCCUCAAAUAAGAAUAAUAAAAAUACCCCCUAUUAUUACCAUUAUAACAUUACUAGUUAUAAUAAUAACAAAAGUAGCAAAAACUUUUUAGGAGCUACGUUUCGUGGCUCUCUUUUAUUUCCCUCUCGCAAAUCUAGUUCAUCCACCCGCUUCUCCAGAUCCGACUCGCCGCCUUCAGCUUCCUCUCCCGGGUCAGGUUUCGUUUCUGAUAUGGGAGCCGAGAAUAAAAUCGACGGCGAUGUUGAUUGGCAUAAAAAUGACCGUCAAAAUCAACCGCCGUCUGUGUCACCGUCUAUGCAGAAUCACGAUUCCAAAUUGCUCACUUUGCCUACCAUUUUAACCCUCGGUCGCGUAGCUGCCGUGCCGCUACUUGUUGCCACAUUUUAUGUGGAUAGUUGGUGGGCAAGAACCGCUACAACAAGUAUUUUUGUUGCCGCAGCAAUUACUGAUUGGCUUGACGGGUACCUUGCACGAAAGAUGAAGUUAGGCACAGUUUUUGGUGCGUUUUUGGAUCCGGUAGCUGAUAAGCUUAUGGUUGCUGCUGCCUUGAUCUUAUUAUGUUCCCGACCUUUGGAGGUUGCAAUGUUUAGAGAAGUACCGUGGCUAUUCACUGUACCGGCGAUUGCAAUUAUUGGACGGGAGAUAACCAUGUCUGCAGUUAGAGAAUGGGCUGCUUCACAGAAUACAAGACUUUUAGAGGCUGUUGCUGUAAAUAACUUAGGGAAGUGGAAAACUGCUACCCAGAUGAUUUCACUAACUAUCCUCUUGGCUACCCGAGACAGCAGCCUUGGAGGACCAGGGAUUUUAGUACCUUCAGGUGUCCUUUUACUUUAUAUCUCAGCAGGUCUUUCUGUAUGGUCUUUAGCUAUAUAUAUGAGUAAGAUAUGGAAAGUAUUGCUGAAGUAGUUUGACAGCCGUGCCGUGCAUUGCUUACACAUGCUCCUGAGGAUGUAUGCAGAUGACAUUGAGACACUUUCUUACAUAUCCCAUUUCAAUGAUUGCUCUCACAGAUUGAGUUCCUCAAGUAGGCGGCAAUUAAGGGGAAAUGUUGUUCUUCUUCUUUUUUUUUCUUGCUUGGGAAGGUCCUCAUAUUUAGGUUGCUUGUGGUGCGAGCAUAGACUCCCUGUUUCUUUGGGGGUUUUCCUAGUGUUUUUAAAAUCAUGUUAGUUUGUUAUAUAGAAGAAUUGUUAGGAUGUAGAUGUCAGAAAGUCUGAUCAUAGCCAUUGAUAGUGUUGAUUUGAUCGCUCCUGGAUCAUUGAUGCCAUGGGUGGAUGCUGGUUGUACAACAUUGUGAUAUUUUUGCAACGGAGCUGAAAAAUUCUUGUUCA